AUGAAACGAUCACAAGAAUCGGAGUCCACGAAAUGGACUCGUAGAUUAGUGGUGUGGGUGAUUUCUGCAUUUGUGGUAUUUCUUGGAGCGCCAAUGUUUUUCUAUACCACAAGCAUUCACCGAGCUGCUUUACCCGUCGAAGAAUUGAUGCAUCGGAGAAACAAUUUCCUGGAAGCAAUUGCCAUACAAGUACCUCUAUAUAUACAGUGUGAGGAACUGCUUGAUGUUGGUUCCCUACAAAGGCAGAUAGAUAAUGUGAUCAAAAGUGAAUGGGGUGUUGACAACAGCUGGCGUGUAAACUUAAAAUUAGCUAGUGAACACACACCAGACCCAUUAAAAGACUACAUUGUGGAUAUUGUUAUUGAUGGAGACAAAAAGCCUUCCAUGAUGCCAAAUACUUUGAUGCUGACUGUUCAUGCGAACUGUAAGGAUUGUGUGUCGAAAAAGUUGCUUGAAGUGCUCGAGCUUAUAUUCAAAAAUGAAGUCGAUACCAUACUAGACGUGAUACACCGCCGGGUACUGAAAGUGGAACACAAUGAGGUGGCUGUUCCACACUCUUCCACGUACAAUCUUGUCUUCAAUUUGUUUGUUGAGGAUGGUAGGGCUGUUGACUGGGAAAUUGACGACGCCGUGUCGAGUAUUCAACCACUCUUGGACCUUUUAAAGCACUACACAAGCUUCAAAAUUACUUCGCAAGUGCAAUACUACUCGAAACUUCAUAAUCCUACUUUAUUCGAUAACGAGACGAACAGGUACAUCAUACCUACAAAGGACUUGUCCACUUUUAUCAAUUAUGGAGACUGGAACUUGAUUAUUCAUGAUGUUUAUCCAACUAUAAAUUUUAUUGUCUUCUUCCCUGCGGCUAAUCAUAAGGGUUAUCCGUUGAUGCUUGAGAACUCGAAGACAAACUCCUUCAUCGUCCCGCAAUGGGGCGGCGUAUACAUCUACAAUUCAGAAAUGCCUGUUCUUGAUGACUAUACGUACACCCUCCACCAAGAGAAGUUGGCACCUAUCUUUGAUAUCUUUGCAUACCAGCUUCUUGAACUAAUGGGAGUACCCAAAGAUCCAAAGAGCCUUUUAAUGAGAGUUGCUUCAUUUCACAGGAUCAUGGCUAUGAAAAACUUGAAACAUUUAAUCGAAAAUCUCUCAUCCCUAGUAACCCUCUCAAAUUCGUUGGAUGAAAUCUCGAUACCAGAAUCAACUUUUGCCCAUAUGGUUGAUAGUUUAGACUUCUUUGAUAAAGCUGUGGAAUGCCUAAAAACUGGAUUAUUUGAUUCUGCAAUGGAAUAUUCAUCUAAAGGCUUGAUAAGUUCUGACAAGGCAUUCUUUGAAAAAGAGAUGGUUCAACAAGCAUACUUCCCUAGUGAACAUAAACUUGCCGUGUUUCUUCCUUUGUUGGGCCCACUCGGCGCCAUUGUGAUCUUUGGGUUGAUAGGUUCUUUGAAAGAACAAGCUAAAGAGAAAAGAGAAAAGAAAAAAGAGCUAGAAAACAAAAAGAAAAGUUAG